CCUCUCCAUACAUCAUCAUGGCCGAACAAUCCUAUCCCACCCUGCAGAACUUUUCUGCUCCUCAAGAGCUCCUGGACGAGCAUGCCGAGAUGAUAGAGGCAGAGGAGAUACCGGACGAGACCAUGGAUCGAUCACAGGCUCGUCAGGUGGCAGCCAGGCAGACCGAGUAUCAUCUGCGGCGGUUCAAGCGGACAGAGGCUACGCUGGAAGGAGAAGAUGACAGUUACGAGGAUAGGAUGAGGAGACAGAACUUGGAGAAAGAGGAGGAGCGCGUUAGAAAGUACAAGGAGCAGCUCGAGAAGGAUGAGCAGUCGAAACUGGACAAGCCAGUGGACGAUAAGACGCCACCCCGAGCCUUGACAGGAGGUGACACCCCUCCAAAAGACCAAGCUGGCGACGCUACACCGCCGAGAAGGAAGAGAAGAUGGGACGUGGAUGAUGUCAAAGAGGAGAAACCCGAUGUUUCCUCAGAUACGGCGUCGACCAAGCGGAGGUCUCGUUGGGAUCAGACUCCGGCAGCUGCUCCAGAAGCGGUAAUCAAGCGGUCGCGAUGGGAUCAGACUCCUUCAUCUUCCGAUGCCGCAGUUGGUGCCGCUUCGCAAACCACAAAUGGAGUAGUCAUGGUAGAGGACAAGCGUUAUCGAGCGAUCACCGAUGAGGAGCUCGACAGUAUCCUACCUGGUGUUGUAGAUGGUUAUGUGAUCAUCGAAGUCCCGGACGACUACAAGCCGGCACCUUCCGUUCGAAAAUUGGUCCCGGCUCAGACUUCUGAUGGCUUCAUGAUGCAAGACGAUGCCGAUGCUGUGAGGGCGAGGACGGCAGCUGGCGGUUUGCAGGGUACGACGGAGCAGACUGAGAUUGAAGGGAUUGGGACUCUGCAGUUCUUGAAGCCAGAGGAUACGCAGUACUUCGCCAAGAUUUUGGGAGAUGGGGGUGGUGAGGAAGAUGACAUUGGGUACACCACUGAAGAGCUGAAGGAGCGCAAAAUCAUGCGAUUAUUGUUGAAGAUCAAGAACGGAACGCCACCUGUACGUAAAUCAGCGUUACGACAAAUCACCGACCGCGCUCGAGAAUUCGGAGCCGGACCCCUGUUUGACAAAAUAUUACCUCUCUUGAUGGAGCGUUCCCUUGAGGAUCAAGAACGACAUUUACUUGUCAAAGUCAUCGACCGAGUUCUCUAUAAACUUGACGACCUGGUGCGACCUUAUGUUCACAAGAUCCUGGUCGUGAUCGAACCUCUCCUCAUCGAUGAGGACUAUUACGCUCGGGUAGAAGGUCGUGAGAUCAUCAGUAACCUUGCCAAAGCUGCCGGUCUAGCCCACAUGAUUUCAACCAUGCGUCCCGAUAUCGAUCAUGUCGACGAAUAUGUCAGAAAUACCACCGCUCGUGCAUUUGCCGUAGUCGCCUCAGCCCUCGGCAUCCCCGCUCUUCUCCCCUUCCUGAAAGCUGUCUGUCGCUCGAAGAAAUCCUGGCAAGCCCGACACACGGGUAUUCGUAUCAUCCAGCAGAUUGCUCAGAUGACAGGUUGUGCGGUUCUUCCACAUCUACGGAACUUGGUCGAUGCAGUUGCAGAUGGUCUGCAAGACGAACAACAAAAGGUCCGUACCAUGACUGCUCUUAGUCUGGCUGCCUUGGCCGAAUCUGCCGCACCUUAUGGGAUUGAAUCCUUCGACAACGUGCUCAAACCCCUCUGGUUGGGCAUCCGACAGCAUCGAGGGAAAACGCUCGCCGCCUUCCUCAAGGCCAUCGGCUACAUCAUUCCUCUCAUGGACCCCGAGUAUGCCGGCUACUACGUUCGAGAGUGUAUGCCGAUUCUCAUCCGUGAGUUUCGGACAUCUGACGAGGAAAUGCGACGCAUCGUUCUCCAAGUCGUCAAGCAAUGUGCUGGAACGGAAGGUGUGACCCCCACGUAUAUCAAGACUGAAGUCUUGCCGGAGUUCUACAAAGCUUUCUGGGUUCGUCGAAUGGCUCUCGACCGACGGAAUUACAAGCAGCUCGUGGACACAACUGUUGAGCUCGCGCAGAAAGCCGGUGUUGCCGAAAUUGUUGGACGAAUUUGCAAUGAUCUAAAGGAUGAGUCCGAGCCCUUCCGUAAAAUGGUCAUGGAGACCAUCACCAAGGUCAUUGCCAACACGGGUGCCGCCGACAUUGACGAGCGUCUAGAAGUGCAACUCAUCGACGGUAUCAUCUUCGCUUUCCAGGAGCAAACUCUUGAGGAUACGAUCAUUUUGGAUGGCUUCAGUACGGUGGUCAGUGCUCUCGGUGGUCGAGUAAAACCGUAUCUUCCCCAAAUCAUCUCAAUGAUUCUCUGGCGGCUCACCAACAAGAGUGCCAAAGUCCGAAUGCUCGCCGCUGACCUGACCACGAAACUCGCUCCUAUAGUGAAGAGCAACGGGGAGGAUCAUCUGUUGAGUAAGCUGGGAGUUGUUAUCUUCGAGCAAUUGGGUGAGGAAUACCCGGAUGCACUCGGAAGUUUGAUUGCCGCAGAGGGAGCUAUCGCCAACGUUGUUGGUAUGACGCAGAUGAACCCGCCUGUCAAGGAUCUCCUCCCACGUAUGACCCCUAUUUUGAGAAAUCGUCACGAGAAAGUGCAAGAGGCAACUAUCAAUCUUAUCGGGCGUAUCGCCGAUCGAGGAGCAGAGUUUGUGCCUGCCAAAGAAUGGAUGCGAAUCUGUUUCGAACUGCUCGAUCUCCUCAAAGCACAUAAAAAGGCGAUUCGACGAGCAGCUGUCAACUCGUUUGGCUACAUAGCCAAGGCUAUCGGUCCUCAGGACGUUCUCAGCGUUCUUCUCACAAACCUCAAGGUACAAGAACGGCAAAGUCGAGUCUGCAGUACCGUCGCCAUUGCCAUUGUAGCCGAGACGUGUGGGCCCUUCACUUGUAUCCCUGCCAUCCUCAACGAAUAUCGCACACCAGAACUCAACGUUCGUAACGGUUGCCUCAAGGCCCUGGCGUUCGUCUUCGAAUAUGUCGGUGAAAUGUCUAAAGACUACAUCCACUCUGUCGUCGGCCUGCUGGAAGACGCCUUGACCGAUCGUGAUCACGUACAUCGACAGACGGCAUGCGCCAUUGUGAAGCAUCUUACCAUCGGGGUCGCUGGUCUCGGCUACGAAGAGGCCCUCACGCACCUGCUCAACCUCGUGUGGCCCAACAUCUUCGAGACGAGUCCUCACGUCAUUGGUGGAGUCAUGGACGCCAUAGAGGCCAUGAGAUUAGGUGUGGGCCCUGGUGUGGUGCUGUCAUAUGUUCUGCAGGGCAUGUUUCAUCCCGCUCGUAGAGUCCGUGAGGUUUACUGGCGGAUGUAUAACACCCUGAUCCUCGGUUCUUCCGAUUCUUUGGUGCCCUUCUACCCCAAUCUCGGUUCAGCGUCGGAUUUGGCUUCUGGGCAAGAUUACACUAGACAUCACCUGAUGAUGUCGAUAUGAGAGAGAUUGUACCUCUAUGCAUGUAAUGACGUUCAAGAUG